CAGUGCCAAACGGAACCCUUCAGUAUCUGGACCACUUUUAUUCCCCCGAGCGUCUUAUUCCUCAUGAUUGUUGGAUCAAAUCGGAUAGCGUGUGCUUAUUUUAUUUUUUAGUUAACUUGUAAGGUUUCUUUCUUUCUUUUUCCAUCCUUCGCUGGUCCAUGCUGGAUUUGCCUACCAAUCACUUUUUAUUUGGGGGGUGGGGGGGUGGGAAACAGGACUCCCAAUCCAUGUUAAUUUUAAAACUCCAGAUCGUCCCCUUAUGUGACUCUCCUCCUCCAAUCCCCCCCACCUCGAAAAAGUUUAUUGUAUACUGGUUCCAGAAUCUCUUUAGCAUCCUUUUUGCCUCGCGUGGGACAAUCUUCUCCUAAUUCCAAUGGACGUUGCUAGAAGGGGGUCCACAAGACAUCCCAGGUGACAGAGAUGUUGAAAUGAGUUCCAAAAGGCACCGGACAGAGGAAACCAACAUCUGUGAGAAAUGCUGUGCAGAGUUCUUUGACCUCCCUGAAUUCCUUGAGCAUAAGAAAAAUUGCACUAAAACGCCUCCUGUCCUAAUCAUGAAUGAUGGUGAAGGAACGGUGCCCCUGGAAGACAUCCCUGAUAGCUCCUCAGGGAGUUUUCCACUCCAUCGGCUGGACAGUAGAACUGCCAAGGAGUGUCCUGCAAAGAGUUGCCCCAGUUCUGCAGAAAAGAGAGAGGAGAGAGUCCACCCUGAGCCAGCAGGAGUGGGGUAUCUCAAAACGGAGCCCCCUGUUGCUACAGCCACUCGUGGGUUAAGCUUUCUACCCAAGCCCAAAGUACCCAACACUAAUGUGACUUUGCAGACUAUACGCGGCACUAAAGUGGCUGUCAACCAGUGCAGCUCAGAGACACUCUCCCCAUCGGCGGCAGCUGCUGCCAAUGCUAUCCCAAUGAUCCUUGAGCAGCUGGUGUGCCUACAGCAACAACAGCUCCAGCAGAUGCAGCUUACUGAGCAAAUCCGCAUCCAAGUGGCCAUGAUGGCUCCCCAUCUCCUACACCCUUCGGUAGCUGCUUCUGCAGAUCCCCUCAAAGCUUUGGGGGCUCACAUGUCCCAACAACUGUCUGCUGCUGUGGCUCUAAUUGGACAGAAAGCUGGGAACCAAAGCCUAUCACUGGAAUCCUUGAAACAAGGGAAACUACCUCAUUUGAACGUUGGCAUUCCGGCUGCUGUCUCCAUGGCUGGCGGGCUUGUGCCUGCCAUCUCCUUGAAGCCGGAAGCAAACCGAGGCCUGCCAAGCUCCAUGUCACGCUUCCCAAGUCCUUUGCUACCUCAGUCGCCCAGCUCAGUCAUCUUCCAAAGCCCGCUCGCUGCCACUUCAUCAGCGGUCGAUCCCUUGAAGAAGGGGAAAGGGAAGCUGCCGAACAUCAACAUGUCUGAGAACAAGCCAAACCAAGAAGAGGCUGUCUUCAAACACAAGUGCAAGUUCUGCGGCAAGAUCUUUGGCAAUGACAGUGCGCUACAAAUUCAUCUCCGCUCACAUACGGGCGAAAGGCCCUACAAGUGCAACAUCUGUGGCAACCGCUUUACAACCAAAGGGAACCUUAAAGUGCAUUUCCAGCGACAUAAAGACAAAUAUCCUCACAUCAAAAUGAACCCCUGUCCAGUACCUGAACACCUAGACAACGUGCCCACUAGCAGUGGCAUACCCUACGGCAUGUCUGUCCCCCUAGAUGAAUCAAACCUUAUUGUGGAUUCCAAACCUAUUUUGGCCACACUGCCUACCUCCAUAGGUGCAAGCUUGCCCCAGAAUGCUUCCAGCCUAGCAAGUAGCAAAGAUUCUUUCCCUGGCAUGCUCCUCAGUGACAUGCAGCCAAGGCCUUCUCCAGAAAGUGAAGGUGGCUCUUCGUCUGGUGCAGGCAGUCAUGAAUCUGGAAUUGAGCAGCACCGGAGUUCCCCGCAGGCCAGCUGCAGUGUGAGUGCCAUUCACGUUGGCAGAGCAGGUGAGCAAGGCUCUGAAACAACCAAGCUCCAGCAAUUGGUGGAGAACAUUGACAAAUCCACGGCUGACCCCAACGAGUGUGUGAUCUGCCACCGAGUCCUCAGUUGCCAAAGCUCCCUCAAAAUGCAUUACCGUACGCACACCGGCGAGAGGCCAUUCAAGUGCAAGAUCUGCGGCCGUGCCUUCUCGACCAAAGGUAACCUCAAGACCCAUUAUGGGGUCCAUCGGGCAAACACCCCACUAAAGAUACAGCACUCCUGCCCCAUCUGCCAGAAGAAGUUUACAAAUUUACUUGUGCUGCAGCAGCACAUCCGUAUGCAUAUGGGUGGCCAAAUCCCCAAUACACCAAUCCCAGAAAAUGCCCAAAAUAAUAGUGAUGUGGAGGCAACCCCAGCUGAAAAAAAUGGAGAUUUGUGUUGCCCAGAUGAAAAUGUGGAAAGCAUGGAGAUUGAAGGUGACUUGGAAUCCCAGGAUGGUCCAAGUUGCUCUUCCAAAUCACCCACCUCUGGCAAUCCUCAACCUGAUCCUUCAAGUUCUGUAUUCCCUAGUGUUUCAGUGCUAGAAAACCAGAUGAAAAUGGUGAGCUCGGCUUUGGCCUUACAGCGGCAAAGCAGUCUGAAGUCCAGUGACAAUGGGUCAGCAGAGAGCGAUGGUAUGACGAAUGACUCUUCCUCAGUGGCAGGCGAUCCAGACUACCAGAAUGGCGGCCGGAGUCCUGUUGCAUCUGAAUCUGCUUCCUUCCCAGCAUUGUCUCCAGCCAACAGCCAAGCAGAGAGCUCAAGGUCCAAGUCUCCAGGCUUUAACAUCCAAGAAGACAGUGUUGUGGGCAGUAAGCUUGAAGGUCCUGAAAUUCAUUCCAUGGAAAGAGACAGUGCUUUGGAUCUGACUUAUGGCAAUAUUGGUCGAAAGGUUAUCAAGGAAGAACCUGGGUUACACUUCCCAAAUGGAGAGUAUGGCCGAAGCAGCAUCCCUGCGGCUUUUGUCAGAGCACCGCCUGCUCUUAUCAAAAUGGAAAUUCCAACCGAUCGUCCCAUUAGCGCGAGCCAUUUUAUUGGGCCCCCUGCAUUGUCACCUGGUGUUCCUCUCCUGGUGCCGCCCCCUCGCCGCACCGCUAAACAGCAUAUCUGCACUACGUGUGGCAAGAACUUCUCUUCAGCCAGCGCCCUUCAGAUUCACGAACGGACUCACACAGGUGAAAAGCCGUUUGCGUGCACCAUCUGUGGAAGAGCUUUCACCACGAAAGGGAACCUCAAGGUCCAUGUUGGAACGCAUAUGUGGAACAACUCAGCCCGACGUGGAAGAAGACUGUCCAUUGACAACCCCAUGGCUCUUCUCAGCAGUGAUCCAAAGAAAGUAUCGGAGAUGUUUCCCAAGGAUGUCAUGCCUCCAUCAGUUAACCUCGAUCCUGCAGCAUGGAACCAGUACGCAGCAGUGUUCAGCAAUGGCUUGGCCAUGAAGACCAAUGAGAUCUCUGUGAUCCAGAGUGGUGGCAUACCUUCUCUUCCCACCACAAUUGGGGGAGGCCCAGCAAUCAAUAUAGCAAUGAAUUCUGCGACCGUCUCCCAGAUGGAUGGCUCCCAGUCUGCAAGUGGUCCUGAGAUGGAGAAGCCCAGCAGCGCUGCUACAGACAACAUGCCCAAAUGCCAAUUCCCUCACUUUAUGGAGGAGAACAAAAUUGCUGUUAAUUAAAACAAGAAAAUUUGAGAGGAGGCAGAAAAGAUUUAAAAAAUUAACUAUACAAGCCUAUAUAUAUAUAAAUAUAUUUUAAAGAGAUUACACUUCAAGUAUCCUUAUUUUCCUAUUUGAUGUGCAAAGGAGUCUAUGGUUGUCUUUGUAAGAGUUGCCCAGAGUACAAUCAUGCCAUUGAUUUGCGCAAAAAGAAAAGUGAAGCCAAUUUAAGAUUCUUCUCUGAUUUGGAAAGAUGCGGGUCUUGCGAAGUAAUUCUUUACAUGUGACUUUAAUGCGUAAAACCUUAGACGUUUUACAAUGUGAAAUUCCAAAGGUCAUAACAUUUACCUCCCUUUCCCCCCUUCUUUUUUGGGGGGUGUUGCUUAUGUAGAAACCGUUGGUGGCUCUGAGCAGAAUAGAAUAAAAUCUAUUGGUCAUGAAGGACAAGUGGGGGUUUGAAACUCCUAUAAUUCACAAGUUAUAUGUGGAACCAAUUAUGCGGGUAAAUAUCUUAGAAUGCCACCCUUUUUAGAGUAGAACCUUUUUUCUUUUGGUGUGUGUGGGUUUUUGAAUGUAAUAUUGCUAUGAUGACUGUCAAAACAUGAAAAUCCAAUUUAUGCAAAAUAAUGCUGUUUAAAGAAGAAAAACCUGUAUUUUUAAACUGGCACUCUCUCCGUUACCUAUGACAAAUCUUAUACAUCCUGUUCUGAUGACUGCUGCUUAUUUAAAUAUGAUUUGGUAUCUCUCUCUCAUAAACACACACACACACGCUGCAUAUAUAACAGUGCCAAAAUGCUGACUUCUUAUGCAGGUUUUCCCCCCACAUUGCGGAGGUGAAGGGUUAGGUUGACUGAACCCAUGAAGGAGGAACAAGCAAUGGGGUAUAGGUUUUGUAUAUACUGUUGAAAGGGAAUCAAAUCUUUGGGAAGCUGGGUUUUGAAUGUUCUGCUAGGAAUCUCAGGUGACUUGCAUUUUGGAACUGGUUCCCUUAACAGGAGGAAAUCCUUCCUCAUUCAUGCAUAUCUUGAUCUUUGUAUGAUUUUUUUUUUUUUAGGAGAUCAGUUUCUGUAUUUAAAAUGAAGUACAGUAUGUGCUUAGGUGUAAUGCGCUCUGCAGGUGGUGUGGUCUUUUGAGAAGACAGCUUCACACAAUCCAUCUGGAAGCUUUUCUUGUGCAAGCUUCAUUGCCUGGCACAUCAGCUCCUCCUCCUCAUUUCAAAGGAGCUUCUAAAGGAAAACUUCCUGCGGGGCGUAAGUUUCCUUAUGACUGUGUAUAUUUGCAUUUUCAGCAAAGAAUAAAACACCUAAUGGCAUUGGUAUUGUAUGAAGGUUACUGGGAUGGCUCUCUGGAUUCUAAGUUAUCUACCUCAUUUUUUUUCCCUUUUUGUAGUGCUGUCUGUGUUUUCUAUAAAAUAACCACUGUAUUGAACUUGAGAUCCAAGCAGGGGCUACUGUGCACUAUUUGAACCAAAACCUGAUAUACUGGUGGGAGCAUCUGAUGAUGUUAUGAAUUUAUGUUGUGUCUUUGCUUUUUUAUUUUCUCCUCCCGCAGCUGCAGGAUCUCUUUGUGUUGAUGUAAAGCUACAUUGGGACGUUUUAGCUGAAACAUUUUGGUAUUAAAAGGACUUGAACAAUAAUGUGGCUCCCCCCCCCCCACCCACCCACCUCCAACUUCAGAGUCCAGUUUUGCUCAUUAUGGAAGGCCCAGGAAACAAUGUGGAUUAAUUAGAGAGAAGUUACUCCAUAAAAUAUUGUUGCACCUGAACUGUUUCUUUGCAUAUUUCAGUUUUUGGGUUUUUUGUUUGCUUUGAAUCUGUGUUUGCCAAGUUGUGCCUUUCCUGCUGGACUUUGUAAGUAAGAACACAACCUGUUUACACUGUAAAAUGGCUCUUGUUACAUGGAACAUGCCAAAGGUGCAUCCCAAGUGUCGUGUCUCUUCUGCAUUGUGAAUGUACGAAUUUUUAAGGAAAUUCUCUGUAGCAUUUUUUUUUAAAUAUCUACUGAUUCAUUUCUGUUAUGAGAAUAAAUUUGGGAUGACUUUUUUCA